CAUAUAGGGUUGGAAAAAGGAGUUCAUCAUGGCCAGCGCUGUUCAACAGAAUGUGGAAACAUGGAAGGCUAAACUAGAUAAGAUAUUGCACGAGAAGAAUGGCUUCACAGAUCUUCUGGAGAAGGUGGAGCAGAAGACAGGCGUGCGCAGACUCUACCUGGCUCUUGGCCUUUUUGCUAUUGUAGUCCUGUAUUUAAUGGUGGGCUAUGGUGCACAGUUUCUGUGUAAUUUUAUUGGCUUUAUCUACCCAGCUUAUGCAUCAUUUAAGGCUGUAGAAAGCACAGACAAAGAUGAUGAUACUGUGUGGUUGAUAUACUGGGUCGUCUACAGCUUUUUCGCUCUCCUAGAAUUCUUCACAGACAUCUUUUUGUUUUGGAUCCCUUUCUACUGGCUUCUGAAGUGUAUCUUCCUGGUGUGGUGUAUGGCUCCCACGUCAUACAAUGGCUCUCAGAUGCUCUACUUUAGAUUUAUCAGACCAUUUAUCCUCCGCUAUGAGAAGAGAAUUGACAGUGCCCUCGACCGGGCCUCUGAUGCUGCAAAGGAAGUGUUUGGCAUAGCUUUCAAAGCAACAAAACAGGCGGGAGAAGUGGCCCAAGACAUGGCCAGUGAUGCAGCAUCCGAUGCCCUGAAGAAACAGUACUUGGAUAAUUCAGCAAAGACUGACUAAACAGGACUACAUCCUCCACCCUCCCUCCCUUCAGCAGUAUCCCCCUAAUACCCUCCACCUGAUUUAAUGACACACACCUGAACUUUAACCUCCCCCACUGUGAAAACUUUUCAACCUAUCAAGGAUCCCUUGACCAAUACAUUACCGCCGAACCAAUCUAAACUUUUAUCUGAGACUUAUGUGCAAUAUACAUUUGCAAAAUUUGAGAAGUGAUGAACCCCUUGUUUUUCUUGUUAAAUUGAUUACUUUUUGAUGUGUUCACUCCGUCAUUAUUUCAUCGUUGAUUUUAGAAUCUCCCUAUCUCCCUUGAUUCGUCAUGUCUGAGUUUUUGUUCCCAGGGUAUCUGUUAAUUCAGUUUGUUAAAAUCUGGAGUAUUAGUAAUCAAGUGUUUGCAAAGCAGACAUCUUGAAUUUUGCUCAAUAUAAAUAAGUGUAUGAAUACAAUAAUUCUUUACCUUACAUAUCUUCUGUUGGCAGUUAUAUACAAUAUAGCAAACUUAAAUGUAACCAUAUCAAACUUACUUUGUAUUAACACAUAACGUAAAGAGAAAAUUAGCAUUGUAACAAUGACAGCUCGGCUUGUACAACCUAUCUAGUUCCCCAAGUAUGUAAAUAUUAUUCAAAAUGUUGGUUUAGUUCCCUAGGAAUGUAAAUAUCAUUCAACAUUUUGUUGUUGUAAAAGUAUAAUAAAAAUACUCCGCAUAUUAAGACUUUUAUCCAUUUUAAAAUUUUCUACAUAGUCAAUAUUUUUCUCAGACAAUACACCAUCAACUGCAAAAUGUACAUAGCUUAAUUUUUCUAUGAUACAAAUUUUUAUCAUAUUUGAUAGAUAUUGAUUCUUCUUUGUUAAUUAUUAGAUAUUUAUUAAACUUGCUGUGAAAUUUAAUAAUUUCAAUAUUUAUAGAGCUUCAUAUGCAUGAAAUAUUGGUGUAUACUUCUACAGAAAUGUGGAAACUGUACAUAUUAUUAUUUAUUUAUUUUCUACAUUCCUAAAUCAUCUAGUUAUCUUUUAAAACUGAAAUGAAUUAAAAACUUUCAAUUUUUAACCGUCUGUAUGAAUAAAUGAGAUAACAGUAAAAUCUUAGAUCCACCACGAAGAAGUGUUACCUAGUUAUCCUUUGUCCUAGAUUGUUACUGUGUAAGUUCUUUUGUCAUGUAUCAAAUCUGCUAGCAUUUUCUAAGUCAAUAAAACUCUGAAAAAACAA